GUGGGCUCAGGAGCACUUCAGAAAACCAAUGUCAGUAACGACAGUUGCGCGCUACAUCCGGAAGUGCCACUUGAAACUCGACUAUGCAAAGCCAAAGCCGUUUAUCGACAACACCCAGAAACGCCGCCGGCUUCUCUGGGAAAAGUGGAAAAGUGUUCUGUGGUCCGACGAGUCCGCAUUUCAAAUUGUUUGUGGAAAUUGUGGACGUGGUGUCCUACGGGCCAAAGAGGAAAAGAACCAUCCGGACUGUUCCGGACGCAAAGUUCAAAAGCCAGCGUCUGUGAUGGUACGGGGCCGUGUUAGUGCCAAUGGGUAACUUACACGUCUGUGAAGGCGCCGUUCACGCUGAAAGCUACGUACAGGUUUUGGAGAAACAUACGCUGCCAUCCAAGCGACGUCUUUUUCACGAACGCCCCUGCUUAUUUCAGCAAGACGAUGCCAAACCGCGUUCAACAGCGUGGCUUGGUCGUAAAAGAGUGCGGGCACUGGACUGGCCUGCCUGCAGUCCAGACCUGUCUCCCAUUGAAAUCGUGCGGCGCAUUAUGAAGCGUAAAAGACGACAACGAAGACCCCGGACCGUUGAACGGCUCAAGCUGUACAUCGAGCGAGAAUGGGAAAGAAUUCCACCGACAAAGAUUCAACAAUGAGUGUCCUCGGUUCCCAAACGUUGAUUGAAUGUUGUUCAAAGAAAAGGAAAUUCAAGUCCAAGCUCCAAAGUGUCCGCUAUGAAGAAGAGAACUUUGUCUCCUCAGCUUGUAAAAAGCAGCGCUCCCCAGACGUGCAGAAUCUUUCACCCCGUCUCGGUUCAAAGAUGAACAUUCCCGUUCUGAAAUGUGAUGACAGGAUGCUGAACCGGAGGAACCCUGAGCUCCACGAGGAGCUGCAGAUCCAGGCGGCGGUGGCGGCGGGCAACGUGUGCGUGGUGCGCAGCAUGCUGCAGCGCGGCUACUCGCCCAAGAUCCGCGACGCCAACGGAUGGACGCUGCUGCACUUCUCCGCCGCCAAGGGCAAGGAGCGAUGUGUGCGCGUCUUCCUUGAGCACGGAGCGGACCCUACGGUGAAGGACUUCAUUGGGGGUUUUACGGCGCUGCACUACGCCGCCAUGCACGGGCGCGCUCGCAUCGCCCGCCUGAUGCUGGAGUCGGACUUUUGCGGCGACAUCAUCAACGCCAAGAGCUUCGACGGCUGGACGCCGUUACACGUGGCGGCCCACUACGGCCGCGAUUCCUUUGUGAGCCUUCUCCUGGAGUUCCGUGCGCAAGUGGACCCGCUGAGCGACAAGGGCACCACGCCGCUGCAGCUGGCCGUCAUCCGCGAGCGCUCCAGAUGCGUUAGCAUCCUGCUGGACCACGGCGCCAACAUUAACAUUCAGAACGGCUUCCUGUUGCGUUACGCCGUGAGCAAGGGCAACCACUUGUACUGCAGCACGUUCCUCAAACGCGGCGCCGACACCGACCUGGGCCGGCUGGAGGACGGGCAAACGCCGCUGCAUCUGUCGGCGCUGCACGACGACGUGAAGUGCGCUCAGAUGCUGCACGCUUACGGCGCCGACACCAACGCCAGGAACUACGAAGGACAGACGCCCGCUGCCGUUUCCGUCAGCAUGUCCAGACACAGCAGACCGUGUCUAGACUUCCUGCAGGACGUCACCAGACGUCCUCGGAGCCUCCAGGACGUGUGUCGCAUCAAGAUCCGCCGCUGCGUCGGCCUGCAGCGGCUGCGUCUCUUGGAGGAGCUUCCCGUCGCCAAGGUCAUGAAGGACUAUCUCAAACACAAGUACUAACGCCGCACACGCCGGGACCUAGUACGAAGAACACGGAGAAGAAAAGACCUAUGCAAUGACUCCGCUGGCCUCGCGGAAGCUUCCGAAAGGUUGUCCCGCUCGGUCGCCGCCGCUGGUUGUCCGCUGUGCUGUCACAAUGUAAAUAGGUCACAGAUAUUUUUCUACAUUUAUUUAAAUGCCUCUCAUAUAACUGUGCGUGUGUGUGUGUGUGUGUGAGAGAGAUGGAGAAAUUGGUUCCAGAAAUGCCAUGAAGUUAUUUUAUUUUGCUGAUAUUAAAAAAAAAACAAAAAAAAAAAAAAAAAAGAUUCCUCUGAUGUGCCAGAAUAGUUGCCUCACUCUGUCACCGUGACAACAUGAGAUGUUCACGUGUGUGUGUGUGUGUGAGAGAGCAUGUUUGUAUGUGAUUAAGAACCUGUGAAUUUCUCAACUUUCACAAUAAAACACAGGAAGU